AUGGUCCCAAUCUCUGUUUGGUUUUGGGGGAAGUGCUUAAUCAUUGACAAAGCCUUUAAAAACCACCGCAAAUCAGUCUCUCAACUGGGACACGGAGCAGAGAGAGGAGGAUCCCAACAAGGGACAAUGAGCGCUCUCUCAUCUUUGUGUCUGUGGUGUCUGGCCCUGCCAACUGUGCUCUGGGCCUCUCAUGGGACGCUGCUGGUGGAGGGGGACAAUGAUGCCUCCAAGAUCUGCAAGGCUGCCCCCUACUGGGACAUCAAAGGCCAAACACCCAUGAAGGAGCUGGAGGGAGACGUGGUGCAGGCGGCCAAUAUUGGCCAGCUGCAGGAGAGGCUAAAGCGCAACAACAUGACUGGAGUGUCCUUCAUGAUCGUGAAUGAGCAAAGGGCCACGUCCAGAGCCAUGUACUGGGAGCUGAAGAGGAGAGCGCCCCCUGGAGUCCCCGUUUACCAACAAGCACCAUUACAAAAUGAUGUGUGGGAGAUCCUGGAUGGGGACAAAGAUGAUUUUCUGGUCUAUGACAGAUGUGGUCUUCUGACUUUCCAUGUAGUCCUGCCCUACAGUUUACUGAGAUUUAUCAUUGAGUACUUGAUCUUCUACACAGCAUAUGGCACGUCCCUGAAAGACAACAGGUUGGACUACAGGAUGGAUGGAGAUACCACUUGGCAAAAACUCCAAGUGCUAUAUCAAGGGAUUCUAGAAAAUGGAGACAAGAGGACAGACAAAUGGCUUCUGGUCUACACUCCACUGCCCAUCACCUGCAUCUGUCUUGGAUAUUUGAUAAUUUCAUGGUCUGGGCCGAAACUCAUGUUAAAUAGAAGCCCAGUCAAGAUAAAACCAGUGCUGAUAGUUUACAAUUUUGCCAUGGUGUGCCUUUCUGCAUACAUGUGCUAUGAGUUCGCUGCCUCGUCCUGGUUGGCCAAGUACAGUCUGCUGUGCCAGCCCGUGGACUACAGUGACAGCCCACUGGCCAUGAGGAUGGCCCGUGUGUACUGGUGGUUCUUCUUCUCCAAAGUGUUAGAGCUUUGUGAUACUAUAUUUUUCAUUUUGAGGAAGAAGGACAAUCAGCUGACUUUCCUCCAUGUUUAUCACCACGCCACAAUGAUUUUCAACUGUUGGGUCGGAAUCAAAUAUGUACCUGGAGGACAAAAUUUCUUCAUCGGUCUGGUGAACUCGCUCGUCCACGUUGUCAUGUAUUUAUACUAUGGAAUGUCCGCUCUGGGACCAGGAAUGGGCAAAUAUCUGUGGUGGAAACGCUACCUCACCUUUCUGCAAUUACUCCAGUUUCUCCUCGUGACUGGCCACAGCGCAUACAACCUGUUUGCCGACUGCGACUACCCGGACCUGGUCAAUGCUUUGCAAGUGGCCUAUGCCUUGAGCCUCACUGCUCUGUUCUGUAACUUCUACUACCAAAGCUACCUCAGCCGCAAACUCUCAAAUAAAACCUCCUAG